AUGGCCCCCGAGAUGGACCAGUUCUAUAGGUCCACCAUGGCCAUCUACAAGAGCAUCCUGGAGCAGUUCAACCCUGCCCUGGAGAACCUGGUGUACCUGGGGAACAACUACCUCCGGGCCUUCCACGCUCUGUCCGAGGCGGCCGAGGUGUACUUCAAUGCCAUCCAGAAGAUUGGGGAGCAGGCCCUGCAGAGCUCCACCUCGCAGAUUCUGGGUGAGAUCUUGGUGCAGAUGUCCGACACCCAGCGGCACUUGAACUCUGACCUGGAGGUGGUGGUGCAGACGUUCCAUGGAGACCUCCUGCAGCACAUAGAGAAGAACACCAAGCUGGACAUGCAGUUCAUCAGAGACAGCCGCCAGCACUACGAGAUGGAGUACCGCCACCGAGCCGCCAGCCUGGAGAAGAGCAUGUCCCAGCUGUGGCGAAUGGAGCGCAAGAGGGACAAGAACGCACGGGAGAUGAAGGAGAGCGUGAACCGGCUGCACGCGCAGAUGCAGGCCUUCGUGUCUGAGAGUCAGCGGGCCGCUGAACUGGAGGAGAAGCGGCGCUACCGCUUCCUGGCCGAGAAGCACCUGCUGCUUUCCAACACCUUCCUGCAGUUUUUUGGCCGGGCCCGGGGGAUGCUCCAGAACCGCGUGCUGCUGUGGAAGGAGCAGUCGGAGGCCAGCCGCAGCCCAUCGCGCGCCCACUCCCCGGGCCUGCUGGGCCCCGUGCUGGGGCCGCCCUACCCCUCGGGCCGCCUGACGCCCACCCGCCUGGACAUGCCCCAGAGGGCCCUGGGAGAGUUCGGCUCCCCCCGCAGCCGGCACGGCUCCGGCUCCUACGGCCCCGAGCCCGCCGAGGCGAGGUCCGCGUCCCAGCUGGAGCCAGACCACCGCCGGUCCCUGCCCCGGACGCCGUCCGCCUCCUCGCUCUACAGCAGCAGCACCCAGCGCUCGCGCUCCAACUCCUUCGGCGAGCGCCCGGGCGGUGGGGGCGGUGGGGGCGGCGGCGGCGGCGCCCGGAGAGUCCGCGCCCUGGUCUCGCACUCGGAGGGCGCCAGCCACACGCUGCUGCGCUUCUCGGCUGGAGACGUCGUGGAGGUGCUGGUGCCCGAAGCCCAGAACGGCUGGCUCUAUGGCAAGCUGGAGGGCUCAUCCUCGAGCGGCUGGUUCCCUGAGGCCUAUGUGAAGCCUUUGGAAGAGCUGCCCAUGAAUCCCAUGAACCCCUUGAACCCAGUGACCUCCAUGAACCCCAGGAGCCCUGUGAAUGAGCUGCCUUCCAGGUCCUACCCACUCCGGGGUAGCCACAGUCUUGAUGACCUCCUGGACCGGCCGGGCAACUCCACAGCAUCUUCGGAAUACUGGGAUGGCCAGUCCCGCUCCCGAACCCCAAGCCGCGUCCCAAGUCGCACCCCCAGCCCUGCGCCUACACCCUCGUCCAGCAGCCGCCGGAGUAGUGUGGGCAGCAUGGGGGUGGCCAGUGACGCCAAGAAACUUGGGUCCUGGGAGCAGCAACCCCCAGAGCUCUUCCCUCGGGGUACGAACCCCUUUGCUACUGUAAAACUGCGUCCUACCGUCACCAAUGACCGCUCGGCGCCCCUCAUCCGCUGA